UACGAUUAGUUUCAGUUUUGCUUCUCUUUCAGACAUCCAGCGACAGCAGCGUCCACACCUCGGCCUCCCACUCCUAUCGUGGACCUCGGAGUCAGCUCGGGCUAGUUUUCAAGAAGAAGACGGAUCACCUCCUAACCUAAGAGCAAGUGGGCCAGAGACCCUGACCGGAGGCCAGAAGAAAAUUCCUAGCCAUUCAGUAUGGUUUCCCAGGGAUCCUCGCCCUCCCUGCUGGAGGCCCUGAGCAGUGACUUCCUGGCCUGUAAAAUUUGCCUGGAGCAGCUGCGGGCACCAAAAACAUUGCCCUGCUUGCACACCUACUGCCAGGACUGUCUGGCCCAGCUGGCCGAGGGCAGCCACCUCCGAUGUCCUGAGUGCCGAGAAACGGUGCCGGUGCCCCCCUCGGGCGUGGCCGCCUUCAAGACCAACUUCUUCGUCAACGGGCUCCUGGAUUUGGUGAAGGCUCGGGCGGGUGGAGACCUUCGUGCAGGGAAGGCGGCCUGUGCUCUGUGUCCCCUGAUGGGCGGCACCAGCACCGGGGGGCUGGCCACUGCCCGGUGUCUGGACUGUGCCGACGACUUGUGCCAGGCCUGUGCUGACGGGCACCGCUGCACCCGCCAGACCCACACCCACCGCGUAGUUGACCUGGUGGGUUACAGGGCAGGGUGGUAUGAUGAAGAGGCCCGGGAGCGUCAAGCGGCCCAGUGCCCCCAGCACCCCGGAGAGGCCCUGCGCUUCUUGUGCCAGCCCUGUUCGCAGCUGCUGUGCCGCGAGUGCCGCCUGGACCCCCACCUGGACCACCCCUGUCUGCCCCUGGCUGAGGCAGUGCGUGCCCGAAGGCCAGCCCUGGAGAAACUCCUGGCAGGCGUAGACAGCAACCUGGCCGACCUGGAGGCCACCCGAAUGCUGGAGAAGGAAGCCUUGGCCCAGCUGAGGGAGCAGGCGGCCAAGGUGGGGAUGCAAGUAGAGGAGGCGGCCGAGGGAGUCCUCCGGGCCCUUCUUGCCCAGAAGCAGGAGGUGCUGGGCCAGCUACGGGCCCAUGUAGAGGCUGCUGAAGAGGCUGCCCGGAAGCGACUGGGUGAGCUGGAGGGCCGGGAACAGGUGGCCAAGGAGGCUGCUGCCUUCGCCCGUCGGGUGCUCAGCCUGGGUCGUGAGGCUGAGAUCCUCUCCCUGGAGGGGGCGAUCACACAGAGGCUCGAGCAGCUACAAGGUAGUCCCUGGAUGCCUGGGCCAGCCCCUUGCCUGCUGCCUCAGCUGGAGCUCCACCCUGGACUCCUGGACAAGAACUGCCAUUUGCUACGGCUCGCCUUUGAGGAGCAGCAGCCACAGAAGGACAGUGGGAAAGCUGGAGCCAGGAGCCAGGGAAGCAGCGAAACCCAGAGCUGCGGUGAGGAUGGAGCCCAGAGUGAGAGACACGAUGGACUCCAGCCCCAGAGUAAGGAUGGAGCCCUGACACCAAAGGAAGAUAGAGCCCUGACGCCCCAAGAAGAUGGAACCCAGACCCCGAAAGAGAGUAGAGCCCAGUCACCCCAGGAAGACGAAAGAGCCCAGACCCCAAGGGGUGGCAGAUUAAACAAGAAGAAGAAGUUCAAAGACAGGUUCAAGGCGAUUUCCCGGGAGCCCAGCCCAGCGCCAGGGCCAAACCUGGAGGGCUCUGGCCUCCUCCCUAGACCCAUCUUUUCCUGCAGCUUCCCCACGAGGAUGCCUGGCGACAGGCGGUCUCCCCGGAUCACUGGGCUCUGCCCCUUUGGCCCCCGGGAGAUCCUGGUGGCUGAUGAGCAGAACAGAGCACUGAAGCGCUUUUCCCUCAACGGCGACUAUAAAGGAGCCGUGCCUGUCCCCGAGAGCUGCUCCCCGUGCAGUGUGGCUGCCCUGCAGGGCGCGGUGGCUUUCUCCGCUGGUGCCCGGCUGUACCUUAUCAGCCCUGAUGGAGAGGUGCAGUGGCGCCGGGCCCUGAGCCUCUCCCAGGCCAGCCACGCGGUGGCUGCCAUGCCGAGCGGGGACCGCGUGGCCGUCAGCGUGUCUGGCCACGUGGAAGUGUACAACAUGGAAGGCAGCCUGGCCACCCGGUUUAUCCCUGGGGGCAGGGCCAGCCGGGGUCAGCGGGCACUGGUGUUCCUAACCACCAGCCCGCAGGGGAAUUUUGUGGGUUCAGACUGGCAGCAGAAUAGCUUGGUGGUCUGCGACGGGCUGGGUCAGGUGAUCGGGGAGUACCGAGGGCCGGGCUUGCAUGGCUGCCAGCCAGGCUCCGUGUCCGUAGAUAAAAGGGGCUACAUCUUUCUGACCCUUCGUGAGGUCAACAAGGUGGUGAUCUUGGACCCCAAGGGGUCACUGCUUGGCGACUUCCUGACGGCCUAUCAUGGCCUGGAAAAGCCACGGGUGACCACCAUGGUGGACGGCCGGUACCUGGUUGUGUCCCUCAGUAAUGGGACCAUCCAUGUCUUUCGGGUGCGUUCGCCUGACAGUUAA